AUGUACAAUCGUCCAUAUAAUAAUACACCACAUCAGUCACCUAAUGCACAGCGGAAUACUUAUCCAUAUGGUCAAGCUUUUCAACCAGCAUCACAGCAAGCUCAACCGCCUUCCGCCAUGAUUCAACAGAAUGCUCUUCCUUCACAUAAUAGUUCCCAAUUCGGUACGCUAAAUAGUUAUAACAGAAUUAGCGGUGGCGACUUUCGUCACGGUGCUCACCUAUCCACACACCAACCUCAUUUCUCUUGGCCAAAUCCCAAAAGUAAUAAUUGGGGAAUAUCCGAACUAAGUGGUGCUUCAGGGAAUAACUCUUUGGCGAGCAGUUUAUAUCCGAAUAAUAUCGCAAAUAGUAAUACUGGUAGCUUUCAACCUACGAACUCCGGUAUAUUUGAUGCUACGGCUCAACCUCAACAGGCUCAGCAAACGCAUCAAACUCAGACAAAUCCACAGCGAAGGAUGCAAGGAUCUGCUGCUAUACAACCGCAUAAUAAUACUUUACGUUUGGGCGCCGAUGCAACUUAUCAGGGUCAUCAAUCGUCAAUCGCUGCAGGACAUACACAACAGCCAUCAAUGCCGACCUCAUUAUCACAAUUUCAUACAUCUCCUACGCCAUCGGCGCAAACUCAACCCCACGCAGCUCAGCAACAACAUAGCAUGCUUGCUCUGCCAACUCCGAAUUCUUUAAAUUCAUCAAAUGUAAAUUCCGUGAUUAAUGGUAGAAAUCAAUGGAUGGAUACAAGUAACAUGAAUAAUUUUGCAAUGCCAGCAAUUAAUAUGAGUACGUUGAGUUUCCCCACAAGGAAUACUCAAAUGAAUGUUAAUGAUACUGCAAGUUUGAGCGGUCAAUUUGGGGUGGACGUCGACCCUUCCACGGGUGAUUUAGAUGAAAGUAGUAUCAUGGAUCCUCCCAUGGUGGCCAAUUCUUCUUUAACUUCCUCUGCCACCCCGUCACAAUCUUCCAUAUCUCCAAAUACCAAUCAACCAACUUACAUGAAUCGUUUUUCCCAGCAACCACAACAACAAGCUCAAACCCAGCAACACCUAACACAAGUUGCUCGUCACCAAUCCCAACAGCAGCAACAAGUGCGCCGUUAUGCCACUUCAACCACCUCCCCAAAUACUUCCAUUAGUAGCAUAACGGAUUCCACGGGUUCCCCGUCAAUGAAUAGUUCGAUAUCCAAACGUCCGACCGAUACAAAUGCCGUGUUUGGGUCGAGCAUAUCGGGAAUGCCGAGUCAAAGAUCAAUGUACAGUAAUAGUAACGGGUUGGGUAGUUAUGUUACGAAUCAGCACGGACGACAACAGCAGCCGUACGCUGCAAAUCAGCAACAAAAUCUGAGAUCACCUUAUACUGCUCAUAAUGAGAGUUACAUUUCUCCCUAUCCCUCUCAACAAA